UGUAAUUUACAAGAGUACAACAUUUUACAAACGUGAUGCAUCACAAACACACAGACCUGAAUUUCUUGUCAUCCAUACGAGACCUUGACUGACCCCUCAUGGUGCUUCCCUCACGACGUUACGAGCCACAUCACACACUCAAAUGAGGCCGUACUAAUCAAAAUCUAACAAAAACAAGAAAACACAACACUAAGACUAACAAUAAAACCCCAAAAAGACCUUAAAAUACCUUUAAAAUCGCAUUUAGGCGAUCUCUUCUGUGUGUGUGACGUCACUUCGAUUAACGGGCUUUAGGACCCAGCGAUCUGCUUUUUCUGUCUGACGGGCCUCUGCGGCGUCUGGAGCCCGAGACGGCGGAGCGGAGCAGGCCGGUGCCGGGGAGGGUCAGGACGGGGAGAGACGCGGAGGGAAGACGGUCAUUGCGCGACCACCGGAGGGUUCAGGCCCGGGGCUGCAUGGCGAAACAGAGUCCAAAACAGGAAGCUGAACAGGAAGUGUGUGAGGUCUCAAAGGAAGAGAAAGUUACAGACACACCAACGCGAAGAGUCGGACGACCUGCUCGAAAACGCAAAGCACCUGCUGUGAAUAGCUGUGAGGUUGUGACUAAGAGCUCGGGCUGUGUUAAGCAGUCAGAGUGUAACGGUGAAGCCGACAGUAGGGUUGCAAAGAAAAGCCUGCAGCGCAACGACUCUUCUCCUGAAUCCUCUCAUCAGAACGGUGCAGACACCCCUCCUGGUGAAGACUCUGCACCUUCCACACCACGGAAGAAAAGAGGACGACGGAAACUCGAGCGCACGGAGCGAGACAUCGAAGAAGACGACACCAGCAGCGACACCAGCAGAGGAGAGAGUGACGGUGCCCGUCACAGAGGCCGGCAGGGCUGGGACAUCAGUCUGAGGAGGCGACCCGUACAGAGAGAGACCUUUCAGGCCGGAGACCCGUAUCAUAUCAGCCGCAGAGAGAAAGAGGAGCUGCUCGCUCACUGGAAGAAAGAGAAGGAGAAGAAGGUCCGCCUUGUUCAAAUGAGUGACACAAUGGACCACCAAUCAGCAGUGGGCUCUCAGGAGGAUGAACCAGCCAUGAUUCUUCCUACCAUACCUAUUGGAGGCAGUAGGGAUAAAGCAGGCAAAAAAUUUGAGAAGAAGGUCCGCCUUGUUCAAAUGAGUGACACAAUGGACCACCAAUCAGCAGUGGGCUCUCAGGAGGAUGAACCAGCCAUGAUUCUUCCUACCAUACCUAUUGGAGGCAGUAGGGAUAAAGCAGGCAAAAAAUUUGAGAAGAAGGUCCGCCUUGUUCAAAUGAGUGACACAAUGGACCACCAAUCAGCAGUGGGCUCUCAGGAGGAUGAACCAGCCAUGAUUCUUCCUACCAUACCUCAGCAACAGCAGAAGAAGGUCCGCCUUGUUCUAAUGAGUGACACAAUGGACGACCAAUCAGCAGUGGGCUCUCAGGAGGAUGAACCAGCCAUGAUUCUUCCUGCCAUACCUCAGCAACAGCACACUGACCCCGCCUCCCCAACGGUUGCCACAACGCCUGAGCCGCCUCCCGUCGCCUGCGGUGAGAAAGUUCUGACAGGAAUCGCGCCGAUACACCAAGAGUACCAGGACGGCCUUGGAUAUGGCAUUGGAGAGCUGGUGUGGGGAAAGCUACGGGGUUUCUCCUGGUGGCCCGGACGUAUCGUGUCCUGCUGGAUAACAAACCGUGGACCGGCGGCUGAAGGCACACGCUGGGUCAUGUGGUUCGGUGAUGGAAAACUGUCUAUGAUGUGUGUGGAAAAGCUGCUGCCCUUGAGUGCAUUUUCCAAAACCUUUCAUCAGCCCACCUACAACAAACAGCCCGUUUACAGAAAAGCCAUCUUUCAAGUUUUACUGACAGGGGGUUUGCGUGCAGGUAAACCGUUCCCUCACUGUGAGUACACGAACUAUACCCCGGAGGGAAAGAUGGAGGAGAAUGAGACGCAGGCGCAGCAGAUGAUUAAGUGGGCCAGCACUGGGUUUCUGCCCUCUGGGCCCAAAGGCCUGGAGCCCCCACCAGCGGAGCGGAACCCAUAUACUGAGGUGUAUCCAGAAAUGUGGGAGCCUGAAGCUGCUUCAUACACUGCUCCACCUCCUGCCAAGAAACCCAGGAAGAACAGCGUAGAGAAGACCAAAAUCAAGGAGAUCAUUGAUGAAGGAACCCGAGAGAGACUCAUGUUAGAAGUCAAACAGAAAUGUCGCAAUAUUGAAGAUAUCUGUAUUUCCUGUGGAAGUCUGAACGUCACACUUGAGCAUCCUCUUUUUGUCGGUGCAAUGUGCCAGAGCUGCAAGAACAGCUUUCUGGAGUGUGCGUAUCAGUACGAUGAGGACGGCUAUCAGUCCUUCUGCACCAUCUGCUGUGGAGGGAGACAAGUGCUCAUGUGCGGAAACAACAACUGCUGCAGGUGUUACUGUGUGGAGUGUGUGGACCUGCUGGUGGGCACUGGUUGUGCUCAGGCGGCUAUUAGUGAAGACCCCUGGAACUGCUAUAUGUGCUGCAGCCGCAGCGUCUUCGGCCUGCUGAGACGCAGAGAUGACUGGACCUCACGACUGCAGCUAUUUUUCGCCAACAACCAUGACCAGGACUUUGAGCCACCUGCUUUGUAUUCUCCAGUAGCACCUGAGAAGAGGCAGCCGAUCAGAGUUCUGUCUUUAUUUGAUGGCAUUGCUACAGGCCUGCUGGUGCUGAAGGAUCUGGGCAUUCAGGUGGAUCGUUAUGUGGCGUCGGAGGUGUGUGAGGACUCCAUCACUGUUGGUAUGGUGCGACACUUUGAACGGAUCACGUAUGUUGGAGACAUCAGGAACAUCACACGCAAACAUAUUCAGGAGUGGGGGCCGUUUGAUCUUGUGAUUGGUGGAAGUCCCUGUAAUGAUCUGUCCAUCGUCAACCCUGCUAGGAAAGGCUUGUUUGAGGGAACCGGGCGCCUGUUCUUUGAGUUUUACCGGCUGCUUCACGAAGCGCGGCCUAAAGAAGGAGACGACCGCCCGUUUUUCUGGCUGUUCGAGAACGUGGUUGCAAUGGGGGUCAGUGACAAGAAAGACAUCUCACGCUUUCUGGAGUGUAAUCCAGUCAUGAUCGAUGCUAAGGAGGUGUCAGCCGCACACAGAGCUCGAUACUUCUGGGGGAACCUUCCUGGGAUGAAUCGGCCACUGACUGCUAUGGUGAAUGACAAACUCGAUCUGCAAGACUGUCUGGAACAUGGACGCACAGCUAAGUUCAAUAAAGUGCGAACCAUCACAACUCGCUCAAACUCCAUAAAACAAGGCAAAGACCAGCACUACCCUGUGUACAUGAACAAUAAAGAGGAUAUCCUGUGGUGCACAGAGAUGGAGAGAGUUUUCGGCUUUCCCGUCCAUUACACUGACGUGUCCAACAUGAGUCGUCUGGCCAGACAGAGGCUGCUGGGUAGAUCAUGGAGCGUCCCCGUCAUUCGCCACCUCUUUGCUCCACUGAAGGAAUACUUUGCCUGUUAA